UAGUAGAGGCGGCCGGUGGGCCUGGGCGGUGGGAAUCCGCCGCCAUCAGGCGGAGUCCCGGCUGGUGCGCCCGCGCUGUACGGCUGAAGCCCGGCCUGGGCGUCCGAGGCGUCCGUAGAUGCCAGGGCCUCGCUGACCGGCUGGUUCUUGUUACUCUUUUUAGCAAAUGGCGGAUGACGCCGGUGCUGCGGGAGGGACCGGAGGUCCUGGAGGCCCCGGGGGCCCUGGCAUGGGAGGCCGUGGUGGCUUCCGCGGAGGCUUCGGCAGCGGCGUCCGGGGCCGGGGCCGGGGUCGCGGUCGGGGCCGGGGCCGAGGCCGCGGAGCUCGCGGAGGCAAGGCCGAGGACAAGGAGUGGCUCCCCGUCACCAAGCUGGGCCGCUUGGUCAAGGACAUGAAGAUCAAGUCCCUGGAGGAGAUCUAUCUCUUUUCUUUGCCCAUCAAGGAAUCUGAGAUCAUUGACUUUUUCUUGGGGGCAUCUCUCAAGGACGAGGUUUUGAAGAUCAUGCCUGUGCAAAAGCAGACCCGUGCUGGCCAGCGGACCAGGUUCAAGGCGUUUGUUGCCAUCGGGGAUUACAACGGACAUGUUGGUUUGGGUGUGAAGUGCUCUAAGGAGGUAGCCACUGCCAUCCGUGGGGCCAUCAUUCUGGCCAAGCUCUCCAUCGUCCCCGUGCGACGAGGCUACUGGGGGAACAAGAUCGGCAAGCCCCAUACCGUCCCUUGCAAGGUGACUGGCCGCUGUGGCUCCGUGCUGGUGCGUCUCAUCCCUGCCCCCAGGGGCACUGGCAUCGUCUCAGCCCCUGUGCCCAAGAAGCUAUUGAUGAUGGCUGGAAUUGACGACUGCUACACCUCUGCCAGGGGCUGCACUGCCACGCUGGGCAACUUCGCCAAGGCCACUUUUGAUGCCAUUUCCAAGACCUACAGUUAUCUCACUCCUGAUCUCUGGAAAGAGACGGUGUUCACCAAGUCUCCGUAUCAGGAAUUCACUGACCAUCUUGUAAAGACCCACACCAGAGUUUCCGUGCAGAGGACCCAGGCUCCAGCUGUAGCCACCACAUAGUUUUGUAUAAGAAAAAUAAAGUGAAUGAAGCUAGUUUA